UGUCUAUCUAUCUAUCUUCACACACACACCCCUCCUUCCAUAGUAUACCACAGGUAGUACACUCACUCACACACCCCCCACACCCACUGAUUGCUAGAACACGGGCGAUCCCUCCACUCCAACCAGUCAGACACUCGAACUAGAAACCGAGGAUUCCGAUGCACUGUCCGAUCCGAUACUACCCCAAGAAUAUAGCAAUAGCAAACAAUGGGGUUGGAUCUGGAUGCCGCCCGGGUGAAGACCUUGCCUGACGAGGCGUUUUACAUUGCGGAUUUUAUCUCGGAGGAUGAGGAGGCUAGUUUGCUACAAAAGAUCAACAGCGUCCCCCGCCCCCGCUGGACGCACCUGUCGCACCGGCGUCUCCAGACGUGGCCAUCAGCACUCACCAAGACCAACACGCUGAUCGCCGCACCGCUGCCCGCGUGGCUUGUCUCGCCCAUCAUCCGCCCCCGCUUCGACGAGUUAGGCCUGUUCCGCGACGCGCCGCACGGCGGGCCCAACCACAUCCUGAUCAACGAGUACCGGCCCGGGCAGGGGAUCAUGCCGCACGAGGACGGCCCCGCGUACCACCCGCUCGUGGCGACGGUGAGUCUGGGCUCGGCGACGGUGCUGGACCUGUACGCGAAGACGGACAACGGCGACGACGAUGAUGGCCAGGGUGGUCGGCGGCCGCGGUACCGGGUGUUGCAGGAGAGGCGCAGUCUGCUGGUGACGAGGGGGGCGCUGUACCGGGAGUUCUUGCAUGGGAUCGCGGAGACCGACAGGGACGAGGCGCUGGGUGCGGGCACCAUCUGUAACUGGGAUCUGCUAGGGGAGCGGGAGCGAUUCCAGGCGGCGGGGUGGGCGGAGCGGCAGACGAGGGUCAGUUUGACGUAUCGAGAUGUGGUGAGGGUAGCGAGAUUGGGAAAUGCGAUGAAGUUUGUUGGGAAAUCUUAAUAAUUUUUUCCCUUCUUCUUCGUUUCUUUUGCUUUUUCAUUUUUGCCUUUUUCCCUUCGUAUCUAAAUUUACUUUAAUAAGCAAUUUUGGUUACCCCAGUUUAUUCCGAUCAGUUUGAUCUGUGAUGCAUAAAUGAAGAAUCGGCCCGAUCCAGCUGAUGCUGCUUGCUGCAUGCCGGCAUUCCCUGGGUUGACGAGGACGUCGGCAGCAAUUGAUGUAUCGACUGGAUGGGUGGGGUUCGAUCUCAUCCUUGUCGAGUAGAACUGGAUAUUAAUGGGCUGUAUCGUAUAUCAGUUGAUAAUGGUGACAUCCAUAUCACUCCUAUUCUAAGCUUGAUAGAAUGGACACAAUAUAAAGUAGGUGAGUAGGAAGGAUAUGGUAAUUAGGGCUGCAUCAUCCCCAAUGAAGUCACGUCACGUGUACGUCAUCUUCCCUCGAAGCCUGGUAGUAGGUAGCAGGGAUUCGGUUUCUGAUUGAGUGGAGGGAAACGAGAUUCUGACGACUCAUGGUGAUACAAGCGCGAUCCCUCUUGCCUCUUAUCAGCAGGGGUUGCGAUCGGACUAGGUUGUUGAGGGGGCAAAGCCAAGAGGAGUAUGAUCGGCGCUGUGUGGUGAGGAUCUAAACAAAGAUUAUCGUCUAUUGCCAGCUGGAACUGAG